UCGCUCAAUAGGAUACGGGGAUUCCUGUAGUGAGGUCAAAUCUUGAUAGAAUUUUAGAGUUUAGUCCCGCUGCGUGUGUCGUAUUGUAAACACCAUACUGCUGUGGCUCCACACAGCGCACUCCGGAGUGAGUUGUUUCAAGAGUUUUCACGGAAGACUACCGUCGCUACGAGGCCGUGUAGAUGUCCUGCAGGAUUCUGCAGGAAGCGCGUUAGUGGCGAUCACAGCGUGAAGGAGGAGAUUUAUCGGAUUCCGUUUCGUGCAGAAUUAGUGUCGCGUGCGGUCGCGCGCCCGGUCGUGAUAAUGAGAUUUGGGUUUUCAAGGUGAAAUGUAACAGUGACAGCGUCUCAAGUGAUAGAAGAAGACAUAAGGGGGUUUUAUAUGUUAAUGAAGAGUAUAGUACUUACCAAGUGACGACAAGUGAAAAGAUUACGUUGACGUACAACAGUGAAGCAGGAUUGACAAGCUAGUGAAGCAGUGUGAAGAAGAAGUGUUUCAUUUCCCGGCUACCGAGAUGAUGAUGAAUGCAUUUAUGGACUCCAGUUCGACGGCUCAUCACUCUCAUUUGGCAACGUUCGGGAUUAAAAUGUCUCCAGAUCAUCUGGAGCAGAGUGACGUCGAAUCCACCAGCACCGGUAGUAUGUUGCCACCUUCCACGGGCAGUUCCAAUGCGCAAAGCGACAUGUUGUCAUCGCAGUCCUUCUAUCAAUCAUCGGCCAACGCCAGCAGUGCGUACAACUCGCAUCAUUUAUCACCGCCUUCGCAUAUGAGCCACAUGGCUCCUUAUCACUCGAGGGAUUUCCUCGCGUUGAAGCGUGAUAAUGAUUAUUUUAGUUCCUCGGCCAGUGCCUCUGGCGAUCCGACCUCGUUGUUCCAUCAUCCUGCCGUUCAUGACAACUUGAAUCACCAUUCGGCCACAUCGUUGAGCAAUCAUCACUUUCAUCAGCACCCAAUGCGAAUGGGCCUGUCGGCGGAUUACGCUCAUCCGUACCACCAGAGUAACUACCCUUCGGUCCAUCAUCAGCACUUGGCUAAUCUUCCGGUUAAUCCGGGAACUUCGGGAGCAUUCUUCCGGUACAUGCGACAUCCGCCUUCGAUCAAACAGGAGAUGCAAUGCCUCUGGGUCGAACCGGAACUUCCUCCCCAUCAUCUAGGAUUAGGCCUGACCGCUCUCAGUGCGGCGGCCGUAGUGGCUGCGUCCGACGGCAGUCGUAAAACGUGCAACAAGGUGUUCCAUUCGAUGCAGGAGAUCGUUACGCAUCUGACGGUGGAUCACGUUGGUGGACCGGAGUGCACGACCCAUGCCUGCUUCUGGCUUGGAUGCACCCGCAAUGGACGUCCCUUUAAGGCCAAAUACAAACUGGUCAAUCACAUCCGGGUACACACCGGAGAGAAGCCGUUUCCCUGCCCAUUUCCUGCCUGCGGCAAAGUAUUUGCCCGAUCGGAGAAUCUCAAGAUCCACAAGCGUACUCACACCGGUGAAAAACCGUUCAAGUGCGAGCAUGAGGGAUGCGAUAGACGAUUUGCUAAUUCAUCAGAUAGAAAGAAACAUUCACACGUCCAUACAUCUGAUAAGCCGUAUAACUGUCGUGUUAAUGGUUGUGAUAAAUCUUACACUCAUCCAUCAUCGCUGAGGAAACACAUGAAGGUCCACGGAAGUUUAGGAGAGAAGUCUCCAUCGCACAACUACGACAGUGAAGGUGAAGAAUCGAGCUCGGAUAGUGUCAUAACCGGAGGAACUCAGACCCCGCCGUCGAUCAGCCGGUUGCAUGACAGUCACAAUCCAAGCAAGCUGGGCAGUGAAUCGAUCAAUAACAAUAACAAUAAUAGCAACAAUAACAACAACACGAAAUCACCGUCGACCAAUCACCUGCUGUCACCGGUCGGAGGCGCCUCGACGACGUCCUCAUCGACGAACAGUGCCCUCUCACAUCUAAGCCAAAACCAACACCACAACCUGCAUCAUCAUUCGCAUCACCAGCACCCUCACCACCAUCACCUCCAGAACCAUCCUAGUAGUCUGGGACAUCCGCAGCUCCAGCUGACACCAGCGUCGUCCGUUUCUCCUCAGGCCACGGCCACUGCCUCGUCGAUGCUGGUUGGACACCACAACCAUCCCCUACUGUAUCAUCAUCCGCAGCACCAUCCCAACGACUGGUACUCGGCCACUCCACCCUCCGGACCCGACACGAUGAACCCGUUGAACCACUUCAGCCACCAUCACCACCACCUGGUGCACCACGGGCCUACUACGGCCUAUUGAGAGCAACUGUUGUUCGAUGAGCUCUGUUUCAACUACUGAAACAAUCAGUGGCAGUGCCACUGAGCUCCACACCCCCUGCACCUCUCCCCCAUUUACUUCAAUCAUGACAUCUUUCAAACACACAAAACUCCACCCGCAGAAGCUCAUCUAUCGAAUAAAGUAAAAAUCAUUAAACAAGGAUACGUAACUUUAAAGCAAAACCAAAAACCAAAUCUAGCCGUUAGAGAACAAACUAACUCACUACAUAGAAGCCGACCGUGACACAGAGAGAAAGAGUUGUUGAAAAUAGACGAAAGAUCGAAAUAUCUACCAUUUUGUGCCUGCUUUGAGCUCUCUCUCUCACACACACACACAAACAAACAAACACACUAAAAUAGACAACCACAGUCGUGCGUGAAGCAGAGAAUCAUCCUGGACGAACACUUCUAGGCAAAUGUAAUUGUGUAAAUAGAUUCCCGGAAUUAUAAGAAAUAUUUCAAGCUAAGUGAAUGAUAAGAAAAAAUUCUGUGUGAUAUGGACUUUCCAACUUCUUGGGUAAGAUUUUAGCAGGUAGCAGUAACCGCCGCGUCUCUUUGUCCUCCUUUUGUAAAUAGACUAGCAAAAUUACAGAGUUUUUCCUUUCCAAACGAAACAAAAAAUCAUCGACCUACGAUGUAAUUUUGCCGGCACAAGUUGAC